GAGAAGAACGAGACAACUGUUUUGCCGUGCCGCUAAUGGACGGCGUUCGUUUAAUGCGAUAAGCACCUGCGUUGUGUUAGCUGCGACGACCCGCUGCGAAGCUCAAUAUACACGACGAGCCACGGAGUUCGCAAAAAUGUCCGCGCUCUUGGCCCAACUUGGGGGAAACCCCUUCAACACGGUCGUAGGCCAGAAGAUAGAGCAAGCAACAGAUGCCUCCCUGGCUUCAGAGAAUUGGGCACUCAACAUGGAGAUAUGCGACAUUGUCAACGACACCGAUGAAGGGCCAAAAGAUGCAAUCCGCGCGAUACGCAAGAGGCUCAUGCAGAAUGCGGGCAAGAACUACACAGUAGUCAUGUACGCUCUCACCGUACUGGAGACUUGUGUGAAGAACUGCGGCCGUCGGUUCCACCUGCUGGUGUCGCAGAAGGACUUCAUCCAGGACCUGGUCAAGAUGAUUGGCCCCAAGAACGACCCACCCACCGCCGUGCAGGAGAAGGUGCUCAGCCUCAUACAGUGUUGGGCAGAUGCAUUCCGCACACACCCGGACAUGCAGGGUGUCGUCCAGGUGUACACCGACCUGAAGAACAAGGGCGUCGAGUUUCCCAUGACGGACCUGGACUCCAUGGCACCCAUCUACACACCACAGAGGAUUGGCGAAGCAGCACAAGAGUCACGGACAAAAAGAGACAGUGUUCCGCUGACUGCACCGCCACCUACGACACUACCUCGGGUGAACCCGUACGCGGCCCACGGCCGACCCGUGGCCCAGAGCGAGGUGGAGUCGGGAGCGCUGCCACCAAGCCCCGUGGGUCUGACACCCGAGCAGCUGAACAAGCUGCGCAAGGAGCUGGACAUCGUCCAGCGCAACAUGACAGUCUUCGGCGAGAUGCUGACCGAACUGGUGCCCGGUCAGGAGCAGCACAGCGAGUGGGAGCUGCUCCAGGAGCUGCAGAAAACGUGCCAUGCCAUGCAGACAAGAGUGGUGGAGCUCAUCAACAAGGUGGCCAAUGAGGAAGUCACAGGGGAAUUGCUUCGGAUCAAUGAUGACAUGAACAACCUGUUUCUGCGUUACGAGCGCUUCGAGAAGCGGAGGACAGCCAUUGUUACGGGACAGGUCAAGGACACCUCUGCCACGGCCACUGCACAGAACGAGAACUCAUCCGCUUCAGAUGCAGCACCUCUCAUCGACCUGGGUGAGCCAGAUGUAACCAGUGAUCUCCAGAAGCUUGCGUUGGGACCUGCUGGGACUGGAGGGGCAGGUUCAAACCCGGCGGCCAAACCCUCGGGCGACGAGUUUGACAUGUUUGCGCAGUCCCGGCAUAGCAGCGACACAAAGCCCAGUGGCAGCACGUACGCUGACAACACCAACAUUGACCAGCUCGCAGUCGGUCUCGGGGCACUUGCACAAGUCAGAGGCCAGAAGGUGGAAGUGGAAACCCUUCAUGAGAGCCACAGAGAGAGAGACUUCGACGAGAUGGAAGAGUGGCUAAGGGAAAAGCCUUCCGAGACUGGGCAGGAGUCAAUUACCAGCACAGAGUUUGACCGGUUCCUAGCAGAACGAGCAGCUGCAGCGGAACGGCUUCCUCCCGUGACCGCGGGAUCCACAACGGCAACAGCCACAUCCAUCGGCGGACCCACCAUGCCACCCGCACCGCCACCAUCCCGGAAUCGCGUGGAGCGGGACGAGAAAACGGAGAACAGCCUGUUCGCCUUGUAGACAUAGGGGUAUAGAAGUUACGGGAGGUCGGUCAUGAGAGGGAAGUGACGUUUCCGUAUACAAGACGAUGUGGUCGACUGUAGAUGUGUUCGUGUAAAGUUGAGGAGGGAGAAAAAGUGUGAAAAGCAAAAUGUGCGACACUGGCCAGCACAGUGUUGUUGGGUUAGCAGAGUUUCGUGCAUGGCAUUUCGUGGGCAGAUUUAUUUUUUGAAGUCUCUGCAUUACGACUAUUCCGUGACAGGAGUAAUUUUGGUGGUGUUGGGCAGUUGAAAUUACUUUUGUUGAUGCUACCGCUCACUUUUGGAGCACGGUUUAGCACCACGUUUUUUGGGUGUGGACCGUGGACUUUGUACAGGAAAGUGCAUUACAGUAGCAGCCGUAUCUCUUGUGACUUUGGCAGAUCAAAUUUUUUUUUUUCCUUGUUUCAGCUCAGCUGCGGCUAGAAGUUUUCAUUUUAUCCAUUUCGUAACCUUAUUAGGUCUCAAAGGCUUUCUCCGGAGGGCAUGAAAGAAAGAAAAGGAAGGUGCAUGUAAUCAAUGCACCAUACACACUGACAUCUUCAAUUGCUAGGAAGGCAAUGGGUGUCUGUUUAAAAAUCUUAACUUUUCUAAACUCAUUUGCAAAGCAUGUUCGUGUCCUAAAGAGGUCUAUGUAAUGGCGUUAGAGGUGUGAAUUUCUUGAUGCAUCUGUGAGCCUUGUUAAGGGGAGACCCUGCAUUUAUGAACUCUUUUUUUUUUUUUUUUUUUUUCCUGAGUAGAUUUUAAUCAAACUUGCGGAGUUUAUGUAUUUCCAUGUGCUAAGUUAAGAUAUACAUUCAGUUUUCUUACAUAAUAAAUAUAUUUCUAUAAAUCUAAAAAAUUUAGAACUUGUUUGGGGGUGGGCUAUUUACUAAACUAUAUAUGGGUUAAUAUGUAUCGGCAUAUAAAAAUGAUCUUGAGUAAUCUGAGUACAGAGUGGUACAAGAAUUAAAGCUCUAGACUGAUUUGAACCAAAGUUACAGCAUGUCAAACUUCUUGAAUUGUGGACCCCUAGUAACACCCAGGACAAAUUACUUUCUGAAAAUGUAUGUUAUAAUGUUUUUCUACAUCCUCUAUUUGUGUACCUUUCUGACAAAAGAAAUAAUUAUACUGAUAAGAAGAACCAGAAAUAUUAUCACUCCAAAAUAGGGACACCGUCAGAAAUGUGGUUUUGAGAAAACAAGGAAAAACAUUCCACAACUUGUUUAUGAUGAUUAUAGCAAAGGCUAGAUCAAUCAAGGAUGAUACAGGCAUCCAAUCAAGCAAAAAUAAAUGCUCUAUACCAAUCUGAAGCAGUGGGACACAAAGGUGUUUGGGCCAAUUUUCAGCUCCAAAGAGCAGGGUCUCCCCUUAUAGAAAAACAGCCAAAUUGUUUGGUGUACUUGGUUAGAGUGUAAAUACAGGAUGAUAAAACUGUAACAUAAAACUAAUCUAAUCAUUUGGAAGCUAUAGACCAGAAGAGGAUGCAGAGUUUGCAGAAAUGCACAGAAUCGCAUGGAAUUAUUAAAAAAAAUGAUAAGUAGUUGAAUUUGCUUUUGAGAGGUGGCACUGCUUCAGCCCAGCUGUUGUUGUGACACAACUGAAGUGCCACCUGUUGGCGACAAAUGUAACCAUAACUAAAAGACCUCUUGUUUAUGAAAAGAAAAGUGGGGGUCCCUUUUGUAAAUUUUUAAGAAAACAGAAUCUUACUACAGUCUAUAUUUCAAAAAUUAUUAAAAUAUUACAUUUUCUGUUACUUUUGGAUCAUCCUAUAUAUAUAUAUAUAUAUAUAUAUAUAUAUAUAUAUAUAUAUAUAUAUAUGCAUGCAUCUUCACAAUGGAUGCCCUAAAACCAAGCUAAGCAGUGCUGCCUCAGUGCAAGGCGUGAUUUGUGCAUGAUGUCGUCUUUGAUCAAAAGCAUUUAUCACUGCGGGGACUACCGUGUAAUGGUCGAGUGUCUGGUUUCUUGAAAUGUUUUUGGUGUUCUGCCUAGCAAGCCUGCAUCUAAGACUUCUGACAGCAGGCAUGCUGUGAUGUCCCUUAGAAUCGGAUUUGUCAUGAAAAAACAUAGUUGUCUUUGGGUGAUUGGAGAUUCGACAAUUCCAUGCCAUGAAGUGGCUGCAGGGCCGUUUCUUAAAAUGUAGUCAUUGGAAAAACAGUCUUCAAUGUGAGCUGGGAUGUUGUUUUAGGGUGCUGACAAAAUAGGGCGUCAUAUUCUAGAGGGGCAUUAUGAAGAAGGGCAAGGUGACAAACACUUGUCCAUAAGUGAGCUUCUUUAUUUAUUUUUUAUUUCUAAUAAGUGGCAUUCUUGCAUUUUUGUCAUUCACGAGGCAUGCUAGAGUUCAUUGAUGUGCUAUGCCGAAAUGGCUUUAAUAUAAUGUUCCUGGCAUUGUUGGGAAAACAGCGGUGCAACCGAGAAAAUCUUUUUAAUGUAGGCUAGUUGAUUUCAAGGUGAGGGCUGUAUUUUAACUAGUGCCACUCUCGGGAAAGAAUGUGUCAUAGACGAGCAUGCAUCAAGGUCCUUGUGGUUCCCUUUGUUGAUGAACUACAAGUAUGAUGAGAGGUGUCAUUCUUAUGUUAUAGUGGAACCUUAAAAGAAUACUCCAAAGAUUCUUACUAUAUGAGAAAGAGGUGCGAUAUGAACAUUCUGUUACCAGUGUUCGCCGUCUUAGUUGUAUAAACCUGGAAAUCUUAUGACCUAAAAUGUAUCAUGGAUGAUCUACUAUCUUUGUUCACAAGCUGUGCCAUUACAGGCACACUGCCAUGGCACUCAUGACAUGCAUGAAGCGGCACAUAGUUUCGACAGCCAAAACACAGAAAGGUAACAGUGAUGACUGGUGAAGGGAAUAUUGGGUCUUUGUUAAUAACUUGCUCAUAAGUGACAUUUGGCAACUCUGGUAGAACAAGGUUUCACGCUAGCAAUGCAUACCCACAGCAUGCGAUGCCAAGUUUUCAAGUCUUGGUUUUGCGCCUGUGUUUGUGGAGUCUUUCCAAGGUGGCUGUUUGUGUUGCAUUCCAAUGGAGAAGCAGAAAGUGUGUGGAAAUCAUCACACUGCCAAGGCAUUGGUUUUUUUGUGUCAUUCUAGCAAAAUUACAACCUUAGCUAGUGCAUAAGGAGUAUUCACAAUUAUGUGCAUGAAAGGGAAAAAUUGUCGUCCAUCCAAACGUAGCACGAAGCUACAAAGGAAACCCAUAUGGGUUUCUCAUAAAGAACGCUUCACAGUUGAGGAAAAAUUCAUCCUACUCCUGGUGCGGACCUGGAUGAAUUUUUCCUAUGCUGCAAAGCGCUAUGAGAAACCCAUAUUGGUUUCUUUUGUAGCGUCAUACUACAUUCAGGUGGACGACAAUUUUUUCCUUUCGUGAUACUUCCUCCACUUUGUGGGAUUCUGCAGAACUAAUUUGCCAUGUUAUGUGCGUGUCGGCUCAUCUUGAGUGUCAUUAUUGCGUUGACUUUAACACUAGACUGGCAGGGAUGUUGUGAAGUCAGUAAGCACAAAGAACAUUGGAUUCUUGUUCUUUAUUUGUCUGGCACCCUGUUCUCUUCCUUCAAUGUAGUGUUUGUGACAAACGCUUCUUCCUCCUAUUAUUUUCAUAGCAGACUGUGAUCUCUUUGGUUGUGGUAAUUCCAGUUGUGGGCUGCUGUUAUUCUUAAGGUAACACACCUGCUUCUCCACGCUGUGAACUUCCUUUUAAGAGGUGUGUUCUUUCAGUGGCAUUGAACUUUUGGCAUUGCUUGGUUCCUAUGAAAAGUGUUUCAUUAGCAUAAAAAAUAGUUGUUCCUGCAAGUGGCCUGCGAAUGUCACAAUAUUGAUGCACUUCAAGUAUAGCAUGGCUGUCACUGGAGCACUAAAUGCAGGUUGUGUGAACUCUCGGCAUGUUUGUGCUUUCCAACUCUGACUGUGCUGUAAAUCAGCAAGGACAUGGUUCUUGAAGGAACUUGUCAGAGAGUCAUGGGCUCCAUGACUGCUACAAAUUUAAGGGACACUGCUCUUAAAAUAACGCAUUGGGCAUGACUAAGCAUGUAUUUAGCGAGUAGCACACUAAGGUGCUGGGCGCCGGUUGCCAAAUCAUUAAAGGGACACUAAAGAAAAAUACUAAGUUGAAAUGGACUUUUAAAAUACCAUUGCAGAAACCUCACAACGUUUGUUUCGUGCCAAGAAACGACUUGGUUUACGAGAAAAGGGCAUCUGAAGGGUCCAAAUAGCUUUAUCACAAUUCAAAUCUCCCGCCAUCCAACCGGGGGAGGAGUGGUGACGUUGCAUACGCCAUCACCACUCUUUGCUGCCAUCGGUGAGUAAAACAGCGCCCGACAGAUGGCUAUACUGAGCCAAGACAGAGCGGUGGAUUCGCCGCUGCAUCUGUUGUUUGGUCAAGUGGCGUGGACUGUUCGGGCAUCCCAUGGCAUCACAUGGAAGUUGAAUUCUUUGCUACUUGCAAUUUGUGCGAGUGUCGCGAGCCAGCAAAACCAGCGCAGCACUACGCGAUCAGGAAACUACUGAAACGCUAAGGCGUGGGCAGCGCAAAGUCAAGCGAAAACAAAACCAUUCUACAGCCCGAGUCGUCGUCAAGGGUAAUUUCAUUGAGUUCUUUUGUCUAAACAUGAAAUAGAACUGGACAAGUAGCAUUUUAUUUCGUCUUAUAGAUCUAAUGCAAGGAUGUCUUGUGCAACAAAUGGUUGCGUUCUAGUGGCAGAAUUUAACUGAGGAGUGCUUUCGUCAUCGGGCAAGUGCUUGAAUGUCCUGGGGGAGUCCUGCAUUUACCUCAAUUAUUAAGGCUCUGUUCGCAAUAAUAUUGAUGCCUUAGAGAUUCUCGAGCACUAAUCUAUCACUAUAGCUUAAUUUAGUAUUUGCCUUUAGUGUCCUUUUAACAGUGACCAUACGUACAGACUUUAUUUUGCCUUUGCGCUCCCACAGCAGGUAGUGUAGUGCCUGUCCAGAUUUGUAAUGCCACAUGUGCAACAAAAACCAGUUUUUUUUUUAAUUCAGAGGCUUUAAUAGGUACAUUAGUUUGAUAUCAACCAGUCCUUAAAAAACAAGACAAGGUUUAACAGGGCGGGGAUUUCCUUUUUCAUUUAUUAUGUUUUUACUGCUUUUAAUUUUCUUCAAAAUUCAGAUCGUUGAGCGCUGUCAAAUGCAUGCAAACUACAGUAACUGCCCUCAACGAAUUGUAGGGUAUAAAGUCGAGGUAAACAGAUUGUUACUAUAUUAUGCCCCAGGCCUCUGCUCUGUCCAUUGGCAAUGGCCUUCGAGAUUGGAUGGGUGAAGCGUGCCUUGGGCAUUGCAAGUCGUGGGUCAUUCUGAAAUGUCGGCCCUCCUUCAGACUUGGUCAGUGACCAUGAUUCACUUCAAGCCGUGCCUAACCAGGCGAACUUUCGUCGCACCCUUGAUUCUUUGUGUUUGCACUUUGGGAAGCUUGUGCAGAGAGAAAAAGAGAAAAUGAACUUUAUUGAAAAGGAUGGCUCAAUGGCCUAAGAAAAAGGGAGGAUCAAUGGUGGGGAUCAUAAAAUAAAGAAAUAUAAAAGGAACUACACGGUCAUAACCUGCUGGUCAAGCCGGCCUUGCUCACCCACUCCCACAAAGAGUUGAUAGUUUGCCGGGCGUAGGCCUGAGGGGGUGGCGUGGUCCAUGCUGCAUAAGGUCUGCAUUCUGAUUUGCAAAGUGCGGCCUGCCUCAUUGGACGUCUCCUUGUACUAGUUGUCCUUGUUUGCCACUUUGUAAUGUGCUUUGAGCGGCGUUUAGCUGUUGUCUGCUCAGUGUUACACUUGCAGGUUGGUGGUGGAGAAAGCGAAAUCGGUAGUGUAAAAAAAACAGCUUUAAGCCACAUUGUCUGGUUGUACGUCGUUCAUAAAACUAGGGAUCCUUGUGUAUCGUCAUUCGAGUUCAAAACGUGCUCUUAACAUGCGGUGGAUUAUGCACUGCUGACAGUUAUUCAGCCACUUUUAUUGCACAAACACCAUUCAUUCCCAGGAUUGUAGGAGGUGAAGGGUUAUAACCUUGCGGUGGGAGGAGGGUAAUGGGUUAUUUGGUGGCUUAGUUUAGCGCUGUCUGUGGGCCGUUGGUAAUUGAAAAACGAAGUUCUGAGGAGAGGCAAAUCAUUAAGAAUUUUCAUUCCCUGCAGUCAUUGAUACAGGCACUCAUCACUGCGCAAAUUUUUAAUUUUUUUUUUUUACGCGCCAUCAGUGCGGCUCAAACAAGGAGGGGAUCGUGUAAAAGAAUCUUUUAGCCAAGAACAAGGAGGGGAUCGUGUAAAAGAAUCUUUUAGCCAAGUAGUCCAUGACGGUUUGUUUAGUACGAGAACAGCCACCUGACAUUAUUAGCAACUCCACAUCACUGCAAACUACAUUUUCGGGGCAUUCUGUUUGUCAGCGAGAUGCUGGUUUCGUUGCCGCUGUCGGGCGUCUCGGUGCUUCCUUUCACAAACAUGGCCGUGGCAACCCAGCAGAGGUGGUCUGAUGAUAUUGUCAUGAUGGGGUAGGGAAAAAAAGCUGUUUUUUAGGCAUCUCGGGUUCUAUCGCAAUGUUGCUUUGUGAUUUGCUUUCUAGAAUCGUUGCGGUGUCUGACUGUCCGGUCUGUAAGGAGAUCUGCGCAUGCGCCGCCGUGACUCUGCGCACAUGCUGCGCUAAAAAAAAAGGAAAAAGGAGCAUGCGCUGUUGUAUGAUGACGAUUGCUGUCAUCCUUUAGUAUACUUCAUUUUAAUAGCAGGUAUUCACUGACGCUAUCGCGGCCCCCAUAUUGUUGUGAAGCCAGCAUAGUGAAAAAGCUACGCAUUAUCUUGCUUCGCUUAUCUCCGACAGCACAGUGGCAGUGUCCGGUGCUCGUUGGGCAAGGCUGAUGUUUACAGCUGUGAUUUUUCACGCUUCUCUGACAGGCCAUCGUUUGCAUGUGCAAUCGCCAGAACGCUCCCCGAACACGCAAGACACGGCUCGUGUUUUGGCUCCUCACGUGUCGUUUGUUCGAUAAGAUUAUAGCAUUAAUUUAAGCGGUACUGAGUUCCAACAUCUAAGCCGGCGAUAACUUUCGGCGACAGUGUGGCGUCGGCGAUAGUAUCGCCAUCAGGUGCGCGCUGAUUGGCUGGUUGAGCACAAUCGGAUUAGCUGAUUGGGUGGUUGGGCACUACGUCACGCGGAGGUGAUAGUAUCGCCGAAGUGAUCGUCGCAGAACACGUCCCCAGGAGUCCACUCGAGAGCCCUGUAGGGCUCACGUGGCCUCUCGGAGGUGCAUCGCAUUUUUUUUUUUUUUUUUGGAGCGUGCGCUGGAACUCUUGCAGAGUUGAUUAAUUAAUCUUAUAAAAAAGAACCCGAGAAAAUGUGCGAUUUACUCCAUAGAAUGGCCGACAAUAUACCGUUUGGUGCGGCCCGAAUAUUUUUUCAAUGUUCGUUUAAGUUGAGACAUUUAAACUUUGGCUUAAGUUGGUUGGGACACCCUGUGUGUAUAAAAUCGUAACGCUGGGCUGCAAGCUUUAUUAUUAAGUGGAAGGUUUAACUUGGGGGCAUCCUAUCUAAAUACAUAGGAAAGGAGAACACGUUUUUCUCGGCAACUAAAGUACUGAAUUCGAUGUGGUUUGUUACACUUGAAAGAUGUUUAUUAUUUAAUGACAGUUGGUUGCGGUAUGCUUUAAUUUAAGCUGUCAUAUUUUUGUAAAUAUUAAGGAAUUGCAAAAUUUAUAAGAAACGAAACUUGCAACUCUAGUUCACUAAUAAUAAAAAUAUCUAAAAUCUGCAUUUAAUAUUAAUACACAUAUAUGAAGCGGACACAAUUGAUAUACUAUGCACCGCUGUAAAAUAUACUGCCAAUUUGUGAAUAAAUAUUUUCCAAAAUUAUUUAAGUGUUGUAACAAAUGCAUGUAUGCUUUAAAUUUAUACAUCAAGCUUGUCCGCUUUAGAUGAGCUAACAGAUGCAGUUUACAGAAGGGCGAUAUCUCGUUUUGGUGCACAGCUAGGAAGUUGCACAAUUCGAGCUUAUAUACAUGUAUAUGUAUUUUAAAGCUUACCACGCAUGCCAACUUGCGGCAAUUUUUUUUUUUUUAAAUCCAAGCCCGAAAUAAAAAUUCCAUUUCCUACACUCACUAGAAUUUAUCUCUCUCUGUCUCAAAAGCAGAAGCUUUCUAUAAAAUCGGCCCAGUGGUUAUCUCGGAAAAGCGUUUCUGCGUUUCGCGUGUGUUUGAAUAGGUGGCAUCGGAGAUGGGCCCGGGCUAAUGCUUCCUCUUGGUGGGAAAUACACUCUAAAAAUGACAUAUUUUCGUGGGGUGAAGAACGCCUGCCAGAAUAUGUUUAAAAGUUAUGGCGAAUGCUGAAGCGCUUGUCUUUUUUUGGUAUAGGCGGUUAAAGAGCGCCAUAAGGAGAGCGUGGUGUAAGUAAUGUAAAAUAAACGGCCGUUUUUUGCUUGGCACUUUUCGCGCUAUAUUAAGGUCAGUUCAGUCGACGUAGCCUGUAGCUUCACGAAUCUUGUUCACACUGUGGUACCGCGCAUUGUGCGGCGGUUUCUUGUACAUUGUUAAAAAAAAAAAAGAGAUGUGCCCUCGUACCUGUCCUUAUUUCGAUUUUUUUUUUUCGGUUGUUUCGUGAUGCUGUCGUUUUAUUUUUCUAAUUGUUGCUGUUGUCACCUGCGGUGCGCGUUUUCUCCUGACAUUAUUGAUAAUAAUAAAGAAAUAUUGAACCUGU